AUGGUCAAAACUCUUCAGCGGCGUCGAGGGUCGAACCCGAUGGACCGCACGUGGAUGGCGGCGUGCAUGAGUGGAAUUUUGUUGUUCUGCAGCGGGGAGGUCGUUGCAACCCAGCUGAGUGAAGGCCUUCAGCACCGGCGUUUGGCAACUAAGUUCACGACUGUUGCGCCCACGUUCCAGGAUGCGGUCGCCACUUGCGAUUUAACACAAGGUGGUGUCGCAGCCGCUGCUGCCGCAGCCGCUGACUCCUUGAUGCUUUCGCAAAAAAGCCUCAUCGCUACGUUGGUAUGUAAGGCAAAAACGAUCACGAUGAUACCAGCAAGCCUGCAAAAUGUUUGUGAUCCAACGCAAACAGGAGAAACUCCGAAAUGCAAGUUUGCCGACAGCAGUUCCACUGGCAAAGAAGUCACGCUCAAAGGCUUGCUUGGAACAGACCGGGAGGUUGACUGGAAACAGAUCCAACAAGCCCAAGCGAGGGGCAAUCCCCAGACACAAACGUGGAAAUUGCAGCUGGAGGAUGCUGACAUUCCUGUGACCGACAAGAGCUUCCUUGUUGGGUGUCAAGACACCGAUCCCUCUAAGCAAAGGGAUUCCGGUACGACAAAUGUGUGCAAGGUCACGGUGAAUGUCGAAGCAAGAGCUUCUUCUGUUGGGGAUAGGAACGUCGUCACCUGUGCGUACGGCAAAAACAGCAACCCUGCGCCCCUGAAGGUUGAGAUGACAACAGAUAACAACACCCUCACUCUUCAGUGUGGUUCCGAGGGUAUUCUUCAUCCGAUUACAUAUAAAACUCGCUACUGCGACCCUGAGGCCGCAAACGUUCAGGAGUGCAACGAGAAGGAUUAUACAGGUAUUCUUCCCAGCUUUGUGGAGAGCUGGUGGACAAAUGUGAACGACGGGAAGAGUUCCGCUACGCUGACAAUCCCAGAGACUGAGUUUCCUGAAUCAGACCAGCAAUUCCGUAUGAGUUGUGUUCCCAAGUCGACAAACCCCCAGGGAUCUGAUCUUUCAGGUGGGGGGAGGGCAAGCGAGGGCACACAGACGAGUGUGACUACCUCGACUUGCAAUGUGGUUGUAACUGUGAAGUCAGGAAGCUCUGCGUCGUCAACUGGUCAAAUGGUAGCUACAGUCUCUGGUGCGGCGGCUUUGUUAGGGCUCCUCACCGGCUCCUUCUAA